AUGACCUUCAACUUCAAGGACAUGAGACCCCUCGUCAUAGACUGCGACACUGACACUAUUAGGGCAGCCUUUGCCAUCGGCGAGCUCUUCCCAGCCCCGGUCAUUACAAUCCGUGCUUGUUACGCUGUCCCAACAGCAUCCUCAAGCAAAGCUGGAGACACAAACGGUGACAUCCAAGUGGCGGAUGGCCAGGAAGCUGGGUCGAAGAGCGGAUGGCUGGUCGGCGAAGAGUUGCUUAACGCGCAAGAGGACGGACGAGAACGAAGUCUGGAAUGGAGAUGGCCGUUCAGGCCGAGUGAGGGAGCGGAAGACUGGGAAGGACGAGAAUUCGUCAUCUCACAUGUUUACGCUCUCGCUGGUAUAAACAUCCCAAGCAACACUAUCCCCCUUCUUUUGAUACCUCCCGCCUCCCCUCCUCUUCUACCACUGUCUACUCAGGCCUCCUACACCCAAUUCGCAUUCGAGGCUAUCAACUCUCCAAUGUUUUCCAUCCUCCCCGCGCCCCUGGCUGGUCUCUUUGCUCUCGGUGCUACGACUGGCAUUGUGAUCUACAUCGGCCCUUCAGAGUCGUCAGUGUUCUUGGUCACGGACUCUAUCGUCAGGUGGGAAUGCACGACGACCGCGGAUGUGGGACGACUGGACUGUGAAGCCUUUUUCGAGGGAUUGCUGAUGGAGGAUGAAGAUCUGGACAAGGAGCUCAAAGCGGCAGCAGGGAAGGAAUCGUUGCAGGGGGAAGAAAAACGAAAGCUUGUCAAAGAGGUGGCUGAGUUCGUGUGGAAAGAGUGUACUGGCCCCGAUAUCGAGGUGCCUGCGCUGGAUAGCAGGGCUGCUGAGGCGAUCAGAGGAGUUCAAGAGGAAGAGGACGAGUCAUUUGAUGUCGCUAAAAAGCUCGCUGGAGAUGCCACUGCCGCCCCUGCUGUGAGCUCUCAUAAGAGCAAGAAGCAACAGGCCCAGGCAGUCGCCGCCGCCAACAGGGCUGCUGCCGACGCUGCGGCUCGAGCAGCCGAGCAAGUUGAUUUAAUUGUGGUGACCAUUCCCUCGUUGCCCGAAAAGGAAAUCCAAUUGGGUCCCGUGCGGCAUCGUCUUUGCGAACCGUUAUUGACUGGCAAGACUGUUGGUGGGGAUACCGUCUGGGAGGCCGUUGGGCGAGCGAUCGAGAGCGCCAGUUUGAGCUUGGGAGAAAAGCUUGCUAUCUGGGACGGUGUCGCUGUGAUCGGAGAGACGGCCAAGAUUCAAUCCUUCUCUCCUGCGCUUGUCACCUACCUUUCGCCUUACCUCUUGUCCUCUGCGGAGCUCGUAUCCGACUGUCAACCGUCCAAGUUGCGUCUUUUGAGCAUUCCCGAAUACUUUGCCAAUUAUCGAAAGUCUACGACCGACCUUGCGCCGUUCUUGGGUGGACAGCUUGUUGCGAGGGUCGCUUUCACAGAAACGCAAGGAAAGCACAGUAUCUCCAAGAUUGACUAUAAUUACAAGGGACCGCAGGCCAUAUAUACAGUCAUUGGCGAAGACAGAUAG